UGCCGUCCAAAGAGAAGACAGAGUCAAUUCCAUGACAAAAAAGAGCGACUCUAUAGAAUAUAUUUGACUAUUUUAUGACAAAUGCUCUGCCGGCAAAUGGUUCAACUUCAAUCUUUAUUGUUCACAAACUUAUCUUCUUCCUGCUAACAUUCCCUUUUUGAUUCUCUCACUCUUCUUUUCAAGAAUAUGGAUAAACGAAAUGCAAGAAUAGGGAAGUAAGGUAGUAGUUUGACAUCUUUUUUCUUUUAGUGAGAAGCAAAUUUAUGCUUGUUUUGCUAAGAUGAGAAAACUACACCACUUGGCGGCGGAUCCACCAGCAUUAAUGGUGGCAAAAUCGCAAUUACCACCCACAAGUUCCACUCUUCCUCCUCCAAAGCAUAAACAUGUAUGGGGAGCUCUUAUAAUUGCCAUUGUAGUAUUCUCUGUAGCUUCUUCAUUAUGUUUAUUUUUUAGGAGAAAGCUCUUUCCACAUUUUCGGCAAAGCCGCAGGAGCUACCGGAACCGAAAAGGAAGUUUGAAAGAUGAAGUAUUGUCAUUAAGAAAUUUCCAAUUAGAGGAGUUAGAAAGGGCUACCAAUAGUUUCAGUGAAGAAUGCUUGGUGGGUUCUGGUGCAUUUGGUAAUGUCUACAAAGGGAACUUUGAAGUAGAAGGUACUCUAGCAAUAAAGAAAGCACAUGCUGAUUCAUUCCAAAGUGUUGAAGAAUUUAGAAAUGAAGUGAAGUUACUUUCCGAAGUCAAGCACAAGAACCUUGUAAGUUUGGUGGGAUAUUGUGAAGAGACUGGAGGCAGAAGGUCAAAACUACUGGUCUAUGAGUAUGUUCCAAAUGGCUCUCUUCUCGAGUACAUUAUCGGAAGAAGAGGGAGAAGCCUAACUUGGAGGCAAAGAGUAAACAUAGCCAUUGGAGCAGCCAAAGGAAUAGCACACUUGCAUGAUGGUAUCAAGCCUAGCAUAAUCCAUCGUGAUAUAAAGCCGAGUAACAUCUUAGUAGGAGAUGAUUUUGAAGCUAAAGUUUCAGAUUUUGGACUGGUUAAACUAGGACCUAUUGGAGAUCAAUCUCAUGUUAGCAGUCAGAUUAAAGGGACACCAGGAUACCUUGAUCCUGCUUACUGUUCCAGCUUUCAUUUGAGUCCCUUUAGUGAUGUGUACAGCUUCGGAGUUAUCCUUCUGCAACUUGUUUCUGCUAGGCCUGCAGUUGACUCAAGUAGGAAUGAAGCCAACUAUCAUAUAAUUGAAUGGGCAAGGCCUAGCUUGGAGAGGAGCAAUGUUGCAGAAAUAUUAGAUGCAAACCUUUUAGUAGAGCCAUGCAAUAUGGAAGUAAUGCUAAAGAUGGGGCAACUUGGUCUAAGAUGUGUAGUGCAAAAUCCCAAAGAUAGACCUACAAUGACUCAGGUGUGGCAAGAGCUAGAAGAGACUUUAUAUGCAGCUGAUAGAUUCAAUCAAAAAGAACCUUCAAGGAGUUCUAAGGCAUCAUCUGCCAGAUCUUAUCGGUUGACAGAUCACAGACCACAAAGAUCAACAGACUCUGAUUCUCAGAGCUUUGUGAGCAUUGAUGGUGUUGGAUUGCAAAGAUUUCAUAUAGAGAUGGAUAACCUUUCUUUUCAAAGUGCAAGCUUGAGGUGUUUUGAGGCUACUAGUUUCAGCAUUGAUAUUGAUAACAAUUUGACAGGAAUCAGCGAGGAAACAAGUAAAAAAGAUAUCAGAUGAAGACCUGUGAUUAUUUCUAUAUCUUUAUAUUUAUAUAUUUUUUAUGAGAUUUUG